AUGAGUAAAAGCAAAGUUCAAUCGUUAAAAUGUUAUUGUAUUCUUCAUAUUGAAAGCAUCAAGUUUGAGAAAGACAUCAAAUUUCCUGUUUUCAUUCGUGUCGCACGCGUUAGAAAGAGCGGAAUCUUCGAAAGAGUUGCAUUCAACUCAGAAACAAACUAUUCGAUGUUAGAUGCAAACUUAGUCGCACAGUUUGAUUGUGAGUUUAUCAUUCCUAUCACUCUGUACCAAAAAGAAGGCCACAAACUCGAAAAAAAGAUUCUUGACAUUGAAAUAUUUUCAUUAGAUAAAAAUCAAGGACAAAACUGCAUUUCGAAAGUUCGUAUGGACAUUGCAAAUCUAACAGACCCGCGAUCUACAGCGCGCCAAACUUCAAAUUUCCAAACAAACAAAUUCGGAACUGCUCAGCUUAAUUUCAGACUUUGCGUAUUACCAAUUGAUGAAUUCCCUAAUGGAAAACCACAAUCCUACUUCAGUUUCGUUACAAUUCGAUCCGUAAAGCCAAUUAUUGAAGAAGUUGAAUCGAUGUCAUCAACCGCUCCAGAUUUAGAUGAAACGCAAGGCUUAGAUACAUCUACAGCAGAUACGAUUGUUUUUGACAAUUCUUUUCAUCAUUUAAAUGCAAAUGGACUUCAAGGCCAUAUGACGCUUUCUUCGUUCACGAAAGAGAUCGCAAUGAAGAAAGCAAAGCCAGUAAAACAUUCUGAGAGCAGUUCCAGAAAGAAAAGCAACAGAAAACAAAUUCAAAAAUUUUAUCAACAAAGAAUACAAGAAGUACAAGAUAAAAAAGCUGAGGAAGAAGCUCCACAAGAAAAGCCAGCGGCUGAAAGCAUUACUUUCCUUGAUGCUGCUGAUGAAAAACAAAUAAAUUUAAUAAAUGCGCAAAAACCAUUAAUUGCACAGAUAAACUUCGAUCAAUGUUUAACAGCAUUUGCUGUACAAUGCUUUAAUUGCUUAGUUACACCUCAAUCCCGUCAAAAAGAUUAUUCAAAAGAUUUAAUCAGCGUCAUACAAGAAUAUCACAUCAUGGAGAAUCCCAUGAUAACUCCUGAGGUAUUUGAAUAUAUCCAUAAGCCAUUUUACGAUACAAUUAACUUCGCAUUGUCAAAAGACCACUCAAUUCCAUCAAUUUUCGGAAUCUUCGCAACCGCCAUCAAUUACGGACUUUUACUAUCAGAUACGUGUGCCGAUUACACGAAAGCCCAUCAAAUUGUAUUAGAUCAUAUCCAACAAAUUAUUAUGAACAUUGUUUCGUUUUUAAUUACUACUCUUAUGUCCCAUCUCGUUCUUGCGAUCAUGGGUGAUGGGUUUGAUGCCUUGGAUCGUGAAUCUUUGUCGAAUGUUACUCAAUCAAUUCGAAUUUUUUCACAAUUAUCCAAAUCUUUCAACAUCCCAGAGGUCAUUGUCCAAGGUGUUGUCAUUGACUGCUGCCAUCAGUUCGACGCGAUGUUGUUUAACUUAAUUAUUGAAACUGCUGACGAAUAUACUGAUGCAAAGCUUGAUAUAUUGGUCAAUCACAUUAAAGAAAUACAAAAAGUGUUUGAUUGUCUAUCAAGUAACUUCACAACUGCUUUUACAAUCAUAUUAGGAUUUAUUACAACGGCGAAAGCUCUUAUUUCUGGCAUUGAGCGCAAGAGGAUCAUUCCUUCGCCAUUGCUGAGAAGUAUAGCUGAGAGAUGUUCGCCCCUUCAGCUUCCAGCCGGAGUUAAAUUGGAAGAUCUCGGACCAGUUGUCCCUAGAGAUGAAUUGAGAAAGGAAAAGCCAAGCCCUAAGUAUACAUUUACUUUUGAAAGCCUGUUUACGGAUUCUGCAACAGGAAACUUCGAUUAA